GCACUAGGGAAUGUGGGUAUGUUCUGGAUCAUGCUCUGGCUCCUUUGUCAUUGGACGACCUUACCCCCCUCACUGAGGCCUUCAAAACUCGCUUUCCUGUUCUGUGCGGCAGGGAUGACCUUUGUGAUCGCUUAGGAGCAGGGCGUGUGGGCAGCACGUCCGCACCGUGCGGUCGCCGAGCGCCGGGGCCUGGGAGGUAGGGGCUUCGCCGCGCAGGCGGGGCGGAAGGGGCGGCCUUCCCGGGAGUCGCCGCAGCCCGGAGUCGGAGUCGCGGCCGAGGCCGGGCUCCCUCGUCCGCUCGCCGGAGCCAUGGAGCAGACCCGCGCGGCCGCCCGCCUGCGCACCCUGCUGGGACACCUCGGGAGACCCUCCGCCAGGGCCGCAAUAGCUCACUUCACCUCAGGGGCUGUUUCUCCAACCAGUUUCCAUCCUCCACAAUUCCAGUAUACUCAGGAUAAUGAUGUUCUAAGCCUAGAACAGAGAAAAUUUUAUGAAGAAAAUGGGUUUCUCGUCAUUAAAAAUUUGGUAUCUGAUGCUGAUAUUACACGCUUUAGGAACCAGUUUGAAAGAAUCUGCAAAGGGGAACUGAAUGUCGAAGGGAUGUCGAUAAUGAAAGAUGUAACCACUGAAAAAUCAAAGUUUAUUUGGAGUGAAAACUUGAUUACAAAGGUCCAGGAUUUCCAAGGGGAUGAGGAGCUCUUCAGAUACUGCACGCUCCCUGAGAUUCUGAAAUAUGUGGAGUGUUUCACUGGACCCAAUAUUAUGGCCAUGCAUACAAUGCUGAUAAAUAAACCUCCAGAUUCUGGCAAAAAGACAAGCCGUCAUCCUUUGCACCAAGAUCUACACUAUUUCCCCUUCAGACCUAGUAAUAAGAUUGUUGCUGCGUGGACGGCCAUGGAGCUGGUGACCCAGGACAAUGGCUGCCUGUCUGUGCUCCCAGGCACACACAAAGGCUGCCUGAGGCCACACGUUUAUCCCCAGUGGGAGGGGGGGGUUAACAUAAUGUACUAUGGGAUCCAGGACUAUGAUGAAAACAGCCCCCGAGUUCACCUUGUGAUGGAGAAGGGAGACACUGUUUUCUUUCAUCCUUUGCUCAUACAUGGAUCUGGUCUGAAUAAAACUCAAGGAUACCGGAAGACAAUUUCCUGCCAUUUCGCCAGUGCCGACUGCCACUACAUUGAUGUGAAAGGCACCAGUCAAGAAAGCUUUGAGAAGGAUCUCAAAGGCAUAAUGCAGAAACAAUACAAAAUUCCAGAAGACACCAGACUGCAGGAUGUGUUUAGAUUCAAAGCACGGCUCGUGAAAGGAGAGAGGACCAACCUUUGAAAUAGCCCUUUGAGAGAAAAGCACAAUUAAUCAAGCUCUUUGAUCAAUCAGAAUGAAAUGCUUUGAAGCUCAGGGUAUGCUGGUUUUGCAUACCUCUUCUGGAAAACCCACUGCCACCAAUUUCAUGUCAUGAGAGACUUAGCAAAUUGAGAACAAUGUCUAACACAGGCACAUUUAAUGAAGGGCAGCGUGGAGUGAAAAUAAGGGUGGACGCUCGUGCCUGGACACCAGAUUCCUUCCAUGACUUCUCCAACCCAACAAGCCUCCUUAAAACAAAAACUAGGCUGGGGAUGCCUGGGGGGCUCAAGUCUCUUGAGCAUCGGACUCUUGGUGUUGGCCCAGGUCAUGAGUCAAACCCUACAUCAGGCUCCUUGCUGAUGGUAUAAAGCCUGCUUGUGACUCGCUCUCCCUCCCUCUCUGCCUCUUCAGCGUGCACUCUCUCUCUCUCCCUCAAAAUAAACUUUAAAAACAAAAACAAAAACAAAACUAGGCUGGAUCUUUCUAAGUCCUUUUCUCUAUUCCUAAAGAAUGAAGACAGAGGUAACUUCAUCUGCUAUAUUUUUUUUUGAGUAAGGCAGCUGAAACACACAAAUUUAAACACAAAUUUAAACACAAAUUUUCUUAAACCUAGUUCCACUGUUUUUGUCAGUUUUUUUGUGAAGACACGUGGUGUAAACUCAGGUCCAGCUGGAAAAUGGAGAAGGCAAGACUAUCGCUGACAGGGUUUAAGGAAACUGGAUCACAGAAUAAUUGGACAUAAAAUGUACAUAAGAAAUACCUGUGUAAAUAGCACGUAUGGAGCACUGUUCCACAAAACACUUUUCAAACUCAUUUCACAUUUAAAAUAAAUCUGAAAG